CAAUGUUUAUGGAUGGCAAUGGCAUGUGUACGAAAAACUGAAAAACUGUGUGUUUGCGUUUUAUGAUAUAAUUUAUUUACUUACGUAUUUUAAAGCGAUAUCUUACAAUAUUUUAAUUUUUUGUUCGUAAUCUUGGGCAGUAAUUAUUGGUUUUUAGUAAAAUACCACCAUGUCUAUGCAGUGUCAAUUAUGGAUGGGCAGUCUGGAGCCAAAUAUGACAGAGAGCUUCAUUGUAGCAGCUUUUCACCGCAUGGGCCAACGGCCCCUAACGGUGAAAGUGAUGAGGAACAAGUUUACAGGAGAACCUGCUGGUUACGCAUUUGUGCACUUUCAGACUGACGAAGAAGCUAUAGACGCAAUGCAUAAGCUGAACGGUAAACCCAUCCCCGGAACAUUCCCAGUGGUCCGCUUCAGGCUGAACACAGCAUCGCGCGAAGCCCGGGCUAACAUGCAAUCUGAGAGGGAAUUCUCCGUGUGGGUCGGGGACUUAAGUUCCGAUGUUGACGACUACUCACUUUACAGGGUUUUUGCUUCGAAGUACUCAUCUAUCAAAACUGCAAAAGUGAUACUGGAUAGUUCAGGCUACACAAAAGGCUAUGGAUUCGUAAGAUUCGGAAGCGAGGAAGAGCAGCGUAACGCCUUAUACGCCAUGAACGGAUACACUGGUCUCGGUACAAAGCCUUUGAAAAUCUGUACCGCAGUGCCCAAACCUAAGGGACCUCCGACCGGACAGAAUCAAUCCUCUUCCAAUGCUGCAAAUGCCGCCUACAACAGCGGAGCGGAGUACAACCAAUAUUAUGAUCCGUCCGCCUAUUGGCAAAAUUACUCAGCGUGGUCUGGAUACUAUGGGCAGGAUCAGAGCGCCGCGGUGGCGCCGGCAGCGCCCGUCGCGGACGCGACCGCCACCGCGGCUGCAGCGGCGGCCAAGACGCAGAAUGACGAUUUGCAACUUGUUGAGCACAAGAAGACCAUAGACAUAGACGAGCUGAACCAAGAGUUUCUGCAACCCGAGCUAUCGCUGUGGGACGGCCUGGAGUCUUCGCAAUGGUUCCCUAACGAGAUCGUCGAGGCGCACUGAUUCUAGUCAUACUCAUAGACCUGUUUGUAUAAAGUAUUGGUCUGAUAAUGGGAACAAUGUUUAAUAAAAUUUUAAAAUAAUUAAUUUGAUGAAAAGUCCGCGAGGUCUAAAACAGCGUUGUGAAAAGAAACGUCGGCUUAUAACUGUUAGCUUAUUUACACGGCGCGCGAAUUCGCAUGCGAUUUUAGUUACGAGUACAUAGCGGACUUUUGAGGUUUUACGUACUUGCAGCACACCAAUGGAAUACCGCAAUGUCUUGAUGUGUGUCAAUGAUCUUGUAUGAGUUAUCGCACCUUGUAAAUAGGCCCUAAUUAUCAAACGAACAUAUGGAUAGUAGUUCAGUUCAGUUUUUAAAAUUAAAUGGCUUCAGUCCAUUGGGACUAUUUCGCCAGUGUCAAGGUGAUAUGAGCUAAUAUUAGUAAUUUUUGUACAGUAAGUACGACAUUGUACGGUGACUUAG